AUGAACCCCAGUAUAUCAGACCAUGCCAUGCUUGUGUUACAUGACGGUAUUGAAGCCCAGCGGCCUAAAAAACAGUUUCGAUUUAUAAACUGCUGUGCUGAAAUGGAUAACUUUCAGGAAAUAGUCAAGAACAGUUGGGACAUGCCGCUAGCAGGAAAUCCAAUGUUUGUUGUUUGGAAGAAAUUGCAGAGGUUACAACCCCACAUCGGGAAGUUGAGCAAACCGUUGGCUGAGAUUCACAAGAAAAUUGCUCGAGCUCGUAAUGAUUUGAACAAGGUGCAUGAUACUUUAAUGACUGAUAGAUUGGAUGCAGGAAAGAUUCAUAUGGUUAAGAAAUGUUCUGAUAAUCUUAUUAGGCUACAAGAGCUGGAUGAUAGUAUGGUGAGGCAACGAGCUAAAGUUGACUGGCUCCGGCUUAGUGACGAUAACAAUAAGUAUUUUCAUGCCUCUAUUAAGAUGCGACAACAGCUUAAUAACAUGACACAAAUUCAAAGAAUAUAUGGUACCUUUAUUACAGACCAGCUAGGAAUGGAAAAUGAAGUGAUCUCUUUCUACAGGAAGCUAAUGGGUACAAAACUGAACUACCUUGAAGGCAUUGAUACAACAGCUAUGAGAAAUGGCAACCAAUUGAACGCUGCGCAGAGGGAUAUGCCGACGGGGCAUGUAACCGAAGAAGAAAUCACUACAACUUUACAAGGCAUUGGUAAUGAUAAGGCACUUGGUAUUGAUGGGUUUGAAGCGUAUUUCUACAAGAAAGUCUGGAAUAUCAUCAAAGUGGAUGUCAUAGCAGCUGUGCAGGAGUUCUUCAAGCAUAACUGUUUGUACAGAGCGGCUAAUUGUUCUGCUGUCACUCUUGUCCCGAAGCACAAGGGUGCGGAAAAAAUUAAAGACUAUCGACCUAUUGCGUGCUGCAGUACCUUGUACAAAAUUAUUUCCAAGAUCUUAGCUAACCGUCUCAGCAAAGUAUAG